AUGCUGAGGCCCGUGAGGUUUGAGAUCGUGUUCGACGCCCCCGGAGCUGUGUACUUCUCGUCGCAGACAAUCACCGGCCACGUCCGCCUCGAAGUGAGGAGCCGAUCACGCUCAAAGACGCCCAUGCUGAGGCCCGUGAGGUUUGAGAUCGUGUUCGACGCCCCCGGAGCUGUGUACUUCUCGUCGCAGACAAUCACCGGCCACGUCCGCCUCGAAGUGGAGGAGCCGAUCACGCUCAAAGGCGUGAAAAUGCGGUUUCGCGGUGAAUGCUGCAUCCACUUCACCGACACACCAAGACAGAUGUUGUUCAGUUAUGAAAGCAAGCGAGUGUUUAAUUGCCGGUGCGUGAGACUUCGGUCCUUGGUGCCAUGGAGACUAGAACAGCGCUGUAUCCGCCCCUGUUCAUCCCACAUUCCUCUCACGCCCACCCUCCCUCCCAACAGGUACGCGGGCGGCGUGGACAACCCGGGCUAUAUUCCCGACAUGGAAGUCUCGAAGGAGGAGGCGAGCGACCCGCCCACCAGACGGGCGUCACACCGACCCCGAUCGAGCGAACACGCGUGGAAGGAGGCCUCGCUGGACGGCCCCAAGCAGCACUACCGCGCCCAGGAGACCUACUUUGACACCGAAUUCUACAUCUACGGACACAAGUAUCAGAAGGACGAGAAGGAGACGCUGCCGGCGGGGGUGCACGAGUUCCCGUUCGCCUUCAGCCUGCCGCCGAACCUGCCGCCGAGCUUCCACGCCGACAAGGGCUUCAUCUGCUACGUGGCCGUGGCGACGCUGGACCGGCCGGCCGCCGCCAACAUCGUGUACAAGGCUGGCUUCAGCCUCCACAGCAUCCUCGACCUCAACAUGGACUCCUUGGCGGCAAGCAACGUCAGCAGCAGCAAAGCCAAGAACCUGUGCUGCUUCUGCUGCCAGACGGGGCCUAUCACCCUCGCCGCCCGCAUCCCCCGCCGCGGAUACGUCCCCGGCGAGAAGAUCCUGGUGUCUGCCGAAGCCGAUAAUGUCUCGGCCAGGAACACGCGCCGGACGAGGCUCCUCCUCCUGCAGGUAAUAACCUACAUCAUGCCCAACGGCGUGAAGGAAUUCGUGGAGGAAAGAGUCCUGAAGGAAAUCGUGCGCGGGAUCAUACCCCCCGGAGAGUCCGACCUGUGGGAGGAGGUGGCGAUCACGGUGCCGCCUCUCGUCCCCGCCAACGUGCAUCUCACCUGCAGGCUGCUCCACGUCGACUACAGGAUCGAUAUGAUCCUGGAACCGCCCCUUCCGUCGGGGGACCUCCGGGUGAGCCUCCCUAUACUGAUCGGCUCUGUGCCCCUGAGGAACUGCUUCUCCAACUUCCUGCCGCCCAACGAGACGCGAGAACCGUGUGGGCUGCCGGGCAUCAACUACCCCAAUUUCCCUCCCUACUGGUACGGCGAGUACGUCUACGACCGGGUGUCACUGGAGAGCAUGUACGAGCGGAUAACAGGCAUACAGGACGACUUCGGGCCCCAGUAUGAGCCGGUGACGAUGUUUGCGCCCACGUACCUCUGCUACACCCCGGGCAACAAACUUGGAAAUAAACCUGCUAGUUCUUGAUAAUGUUGGUCUCUGGUGGAUUAGCGGUGUUUGUGAU